ACCUUUUAAAAUACCUAAAUAAAAUUUAAUGAUUAUUAAUUUUUUAAGCAAUUACUUUAAAAACACUAUAAAAAUAAAUUUAAUUAAAUUAUGAACACUGUAGUUUAAAUUGUAGGUGUAAUUGGCGGAUGUGUGAUAGGUGCAUAUUCCGUUAACGUAUUAAUGACUUCACUAGGAAUAAACUAAAGAGGAAAAUAAUAAUAAAAUAAUUAACAGUUCUAGCAACCAUAUUAGUAAAAUCAAAAUGUUUUAGAUUAAGCAGUAUCUGAUUUUGUAAAUAGCAAUUAAAAUAACUAAAAUACAGGAAGUAGAAAUAGAGAUUAUUGA